UGCGUAGCGCACUGUACUGUCACUGCCGGCAAAAGUGUGUAAACAACGUUUGAUUACCUUUAAUUUGGUGCUGCAAAAAUUCCACAUUUUUGGUGUCAUGAACAAACCAAAGCUAUUCGUGCCGGAUAUUCGAUGUACUGCAUACAUUUCCAACCUGCCGUUCGAUUUAACCAACAUUGAUGUGCAGAAAUUAUUUUCCAAACAUGGAAAAAUCAUCAAAGUUACCAUACUGCGCGAUAAAGUGUCGAGAAAGAGCAAAGGGGUAGCUUUUGUGCUUUUCUCCAACGCACAGGAAGCGCAGGACUGUUGUAACGCGUGUAACAGCACGGAAAUGUUUGGCCGCACACUGAAGGCGAGCAUAGCCAAGGACAAUGGUAAAUCGGCCCAACACGCUCAAAGAAAACAGUACCCCGACAAAAGCCGCUGCUAUGAGUGCGGCACAGAGGGACACAUGAGCUACAGCUGUCCUAAAAAUGUGCUCGGAAACAAAACACCUCCACGGAAAAAGGAUCGAAAACAAGCGAAACGAAAACAAUCGAAUGAAACAACGGCUUCGUUUGAUUGGGCUAGUGAUGUGGAAGAGGGACUCACGGCUAGUUUAGAACCAACUACGGCCGGGUGCACCAAAAAGGUAAAGUACAGAAAAAGCAAAUAUUUCAGCGAUGACGAAGAACUCGAUAGUGAAGAUUAAUGUGGCUUACAAUGUAAGUAUGACAUUGUUGUUUCAUUAAAAACAACUAUAAUGUUACACAUAUUACCGUGCAACCAGAUAUAUACAGUCUGUUCCCGAGUUACACGGUUCUCGACUUACGCGGAUUCGGAGAUACGCGGUUUUCUAAAUUUGAC